AAAGCGACACCGUCUCAAUCAUUUACAGUCCACGCCCCCAAAAUCCUCCUCUCUGUACUACAUCUUCUUCCGACUCCCGAGGACCUCCUCCGACUCGCCAUGAACUUGCUGGAAAAGCUGAAGAUGCCAAAGAAGGAGCCCCAGUCACCUCCCCCCGAGCCCCCUCUCGUCUGGACCGAAAUCUCCGGCUCCCACUCUCGCCGCUUCCUUUUCGAACCGGACGGUCAACUCUCCGUGAAGGUUUUGGAUGAUUCAAGGCCGGUAAUUCACAGAGUGGUUGACUCCUUCCUUAACAAAUUUUUCCCUUCUGGAUAUCCGUACAGUGUGAGUGAGGGGUAUCUUAGGUACACGCAGUUUCGGGCUCUGCAACACUUCACCAGUGCUACGCUAUCGGUGCUGUCAACUCAGUCACUGUUAUUUGCUGCAGGCUUGCGACCGACCCCUGCCCAAGCAACUGCUGUGAGUUGGAUUCUAAAGGAUGGGAUGCAGCAUGUGGGGAAGCUCAUUUGUAGCAACUUGGGGGCUAGAAUGGAUUCGGAGCCUAAAAGUUGGAGAAUUCUGGCUGAUGUACUAUAUGACUUGGGCACCGGCUUGGAAGUACUUUCUCCCUUAUGUCCACAUCUAUUUCUUGAAAUGGCAGGCCUGGGCAAUUUUGCAAAGGGGAUGGCAGUUGUUGCAGCAAGAGCCACAAGAUUACCUAUAUAUUCUUCAUUUGCCAAAGAAGGCAAUCUUAGUGAUCUUUUUGCAAAGGGCGAGGCCAUCUCAACUCUUUUCAAUGUUGUUGGAUUAGGAGCAGGAAUUCAAUUAGCAUCUACUAUUUGUUCAUCGGUGCAAGGAAAGUUGGUUGUCGGGCCUCUUCUUUCGAUCAUACAUGUAUACAGUGUUGUUGAAGAAAUGCGAGCUGCUCCUGUAAACACAUUGAAUCCUCAGAGAACUGCAAUGCUUGUGGCUGAUUUUCUCAAGACAGGGAAAAUAUCUAGCCCUGCUGACCUAAGAUACCGAGAAGAUCUCCUGUUUACCGGGCGGCUAAUAGAAGAUGCUGGAAAUGUAAAAGUUGGAAGGGCUUUGCACAAGGCGGUGAAGCCGUCAAAACUUCGCGAAUUGAAGCAAAUAUUCCCUGAGGAGAAGUUUAUUUUAAGUCAUGGAACUAAAUGGGUUGACAUGAUAUUGGAGCAUGAUGCUACUGCUGAAGAUGCAUUGAGGGGGUGGCUUGUUGCGGCAUAUGCUGUACAUAUGGAGAAGUCUUUUCAUGAGCCAAGUGGUAGCUUCCUGCAAGAGGCUUACGACAAGAUGAAUGAUGUGUUCUCUCCAUUUUUAUCUGGACUGCAGGCCAGAGGAUGGCAUACUGAUCGUUUUCUUGAUGGAACAGGAAGCCGGUUUGCAUGGUAGUAUUCAAUAAUCCUUUACUUCUUCAAGAUAGAGAAAUUCUUUGAUUACAGUGAGGGGUUUUUCCCCCUUUCCACAGUGGGACUAAGUUAGUGUUCAGGGAGCUUGGAAUUUCAAUUGAACUUGCAUGGAGAUUGUGUACCUUGUCUCGAAAAUGAAAGAGAGCAUUGAAAUUCUAUGUCUCUCUUAGUUUUAUUUGAAGGGAAAAAUCAAAUUUAGUUCUUAUGAUUU